GGGGUGUUGGGAUUGGAACUGUGGGUGAUGCCCAGAGUUUUUAUCCCUGGUGGUUCUGGACUGGGUUGUCUUGUUGGAGGUGGUUUGGGUGAUCACUCCAACCUUGGGCAUCAUCCUAAUGGGAUCAUCAUCUCCCAUCUCUCCAACCUUGGGCAUCAUCCUGAUGGGAUUGUCAUCUCCCAUAGCUCUGCCCUGGGUCUUGUUGGAGGUGGUUUGGGUGAUCACUCCAACCUUGGGCAUCAUCCUGAUGGGAUUGUGAUCUCGCAUGGCUCUGCCCUGGGUCUUGGUGGAGGUGGUUUGGGUGAUCACUCCAACCUUGGGCAUCAUCCUGAUGGGAUUGUCAUCUCCCAUGGCUCUGCCCUGGGUCUUGGUGGAGGUGGUUUGGGUGAUCACUCCAACCUUGGGCAUCAUCCUGAUGGGAUCAUCAUCUCCCCUAGCUCUGCCCUGGGUCUUGGUGGAGGUGGUUUGGGUGAUCACUCCAACCUUGGGCAUCAUCCUGAUGGGAUUGUCAUCUCCCAUAGCUCUGCCCUGGGUCUUGGUGGAGGUGGUUUGGGUGAUCACUCCAACCUUGGGCAUCAUCCUGAUGGGAUCUCUCCAGCCUUGGGCAUCAUCCUGAUGGGAUUGUCAUCUCCCAUAGCUCUGCCCUGGGUCUUGGUGGAGGUGGUUUGGGUGAUCUCUCCAUCCUGUUCCCUCAUCCUGAUGGGGACACAGGAUAUGGUUUGGAUGAGCUCUCCAUCCUUUUCCCUCAUCCCGAUGGGGACACAGGAGAUGGUUUGGAUGAUCUCUCCAUCCUUUGCCCCCAUCCUGAUGGGGACACAGGAGAUGAUUUGGAUGAUCUCUCCAUCCGUUUCCCUCAUCCCAAUGGGGACACAGGAGAUGGUUUGGAUGAUCUCUCCAUCCUUUUCCCUCAUCCCAAUGGGGACACAGGAGAUGGUUUGGAUGAUCUCUCCAUCCUUUUCCCCCAUCCUAAUGGGGACACAGGAGAUGGUUUGGAUGAUCUCUCCAUCCUUUUCCCUCAUCCCAAUGGGGACACAGGAGAUGAUUUGGAUGAGCUCUCCAUCCUUUUCCCUCAUCCUGAUGGGGACACAGGAGAUGAUUUGGAUGAGCUCUCCAUCCUUUUCCCUCAUCCUGAUGGGGACACAGGAGAUGGUUUGGAUGAUGGGGACACAGGAGAUGGUUUGGAUGAUCUCUCCAUCCUUUUCCCUCAUCCCAAUGGGGACACAGGAGAUGGUUUGGAUGAUCUCUCCAUCCUUUCCCUCAUCCCAAUGGGGGCACAGGAGAUGAUUUGGAUGAACUCUCCAUCCUUUUCCCUCAUCCCGAUGGGGGCACCUCCAUACAAUCCUUGGGCGCUUCAUCCAAAGCCCGGCUUCAUCCCAGCUCCAGCCAGGCUUGGGGGCUCUUAGUUGGGUUUGCCAAGGCAGGACCCUCCUCCCAAGGACCUCGAGGAGGCCCCCGAGCCCCAGGGCUGAGCCCUGCUCUGUCCCACGG